AGUGGGUCGUUCAUCACCGCGUUUUGCACCAGGGCUGGAUACUUUAAGACGGCAUCUGAAACUUGAUCCCAAGUGACUUUUUACCUCCUUUUGGCCUAAGGAUGGCUGAAAGAAGUUUUUGUCCAGUCGGGGGUAAUACAGGGACUUCCUGUUCCUGUGAGUUCACAGUGAAGCUGAUCCCCUGUAGGACAAAGUGAAGGUGCUGUGCUGCCACCUGCUGUCUGUCUCACUGCUCUCACAUCACUGACAGUCUCAGCAUGAUCUGUCUGUGAUUGGUUCAGUCUGUGAUGUCACAAGUUCCACCCACUCAAACUGCUCAACAACUGGAUGACCAAGUUACCUGUCCUUUUGUAAAUGGCUCCUGUCCUGGCUGCGCUCGUGCUGAUGUUGUCCCUGCUGGCUCCUGCAGCUUCAGACCAACAUGUGACAGUGCACCCUGGAGAUGACGUCACUCUGAGAUGUGAGGCUGGUGAUGUCUCCAUCAGAGCUGUAGAGUGGACCAGACCUGACCUGGAGCCACAGUACGUCCUCUUUUACAGCGAUGGACACUACGACACAGAUCAACAGCAUCCAUCCUUUACAGGCAGGGUGGAGCUGGAGGACAGAGAGCUGAAGGACGGAGACGUGUCUUUAACUCUGAAGAAUGUGACCAGCAGAGACAAUGGAACAUACGAGUGUCGAGUUGCAGCAGGUGGAUCAAGACGUACAAAGAGAGCCCUCAUUAAGACUGAUCCAAUCAGAGUCAUCUACCUGGAGGUUACAGAUUCAGAGGAUGGAAACUUCCCUCAUCUACACGUUGGACUGGCAGCAGGAGUUGUUGCAGUGCUUCUUUUAGUUGCUGCAGUGUUUGUUGUCGUCUGGAUAUAUAAGAGACGUACAGAAAUAUGGUCUGCUGCUCAUAAAGUGGUGGACCAUGUGACAUGUCAUUAACUUAUGUACAUUAUUUUAUUAUUCAUUUUUGCUUCAUCCUGUUUGUUUGUUUGUUGUCAAGUCAACUUUGUUUGUGUAGCACUCAACACAUAAACAGAGUUGAUCCAAAGUGCUCCUGCAGCACACACAGAGAAAAACAACAGAAGCAAAGAAGAAGAGAGAAACACAAACCUGUGUGAUAAUAUCAGUAAUGAUGACAUCAUAUCACUUCUGCUAUAGUACCGUGUUCUUAUCCUGUCACCACAGUGUGCCAGUCACACCAACACACACAGUCACACUGAUAGAGUAAAAGUGUGUUUUAACACAACUCUUGAAAAUUUCAGUGAUGGAGGAGAAUCAGACGGUGGGAGGAAGAGAAAUCCAGAUUUGGGGCCCCGACAGAGAAAGUCCU